CCCGUGCUAAGUCCACUAUGUUCAUCCCCCACCCAUAAUGAAUAAAACAUUCUCCCAGUCUCAUGAUCUCCUCACUCUUCCCACCCUCGCCUCGGACUUCUCUCGGCACCUAUCUCACUCCUGUGCCCUCAUCCCGCCACACUCUCCACCAGUUCAACCUAAACUCUCCGAAAAAUCUUAUGACAUCACAAUGUCGCUCAGACCACCCUUGAAAUCCCAUAUCGGCACCGGCAAACCGAACUUACCAUAUCCUCGGGCUGCUUCUGCGCAAUGCUAGCAAUCACAAGACCCUGCGAUAUCCGAAGCUUCCGGAGCUUUUCCGGGAUUAGACGGGGGCAGGGAUUCCAUGUCACCUGUUGAACUGAUCGCUCUCGCUGCUUCAACAAUACAUCGGCAUGCCGGCAAUAUCCCAAACAAAUCCACGCCAUCUCAACAAAGUCACACAUCAUUACCGGAAAGAGAAUAGGAAUUAAGGUUUGCUGCCUUGAAGACCGUGGGCUGCUUGGGGCACGCUAUUUCCGGCACAUUCCGCCAGCCAAUGCGAUCAGUCAGAUAUGUGUGAAAUCAUCCAACGAACAACGUCAAACGUGAACGAGGAGUCAUG